UGUUGGACGACGAAAGCUUGGUAGAGACUGGGAAGAGAGUUUCUCCGCUUGCUCUCUGUCUUCUUUUCUUCAAGACUUCCAAUUUUAUAUUUAUACAUACACAUCAUUAUAUAUACACACAACAAUUUAUAAAGGAGGGACCUUUACAUCAUCUAAAGAAACCUAGUUGAAUUUUAAUUUUAUAUAUAAUUCAGUGUUAGAUAAUGGACUCUGAUUUUGGGGCUCGUAUCUCUACUUCUUCCAAGCGUUAUCAGUUUCUAUCAGAUCCUUUUAGUGAAGAAGAGGAGAUGGAAGGGGAUGAAGAGACGAGGCCUGAGUAUAUGUGCCCUUUUUGUGCUGAGGAUUUCGAUAUGGUGGGAUUGUGUUGUCAUAUUGAUGAGGAGCAUAUGGUGGAAGCCAAGAAUGGGGCAUGUCCAAUAUGUGCAAUGAAGGUUGGGAUGGAUCUUGUUAGCCACAUCACAAUGCAACAUGGAAGUCUUUUAAAGGUGCAGCGAAAGAGGCGUUACCGUAAGGGUGGAUCCAAUUCAACACUGUCUUUCUUCAGGAAAGAGUUGCGGGAAGGGAAUUUGCAUUCUCUUCUUCAGGGAUCAUCCGGCUUGGUUUCUUCUGCUAAUACAGAAGCUGAUCCAUUGUUAUCUUCUUUUAUGUACAAUCCACCUGCAAAUGAUGAUCCAGUAAACAUUCAACCUCAUUCUUCAGAUAAAGCAUUUUCUGUAGAAGAUAACUUUGUCGAGAGCUCCUCAAAAAGAAAAGCUCCGCAGCCUGUGCUUUCGGACAAGGACCAUGAAGAGAGAGCUAGGAAAUGUGAGUUUGUUCAAGGGCUGCUGUUGUCAACUUUUCUCGAUGAUGGCUUAUAAUUAAAGGAUAACGCUUAUAUUCGAAGGAUAAAAUGUAGCAGCAACAAAUUUGGAUGAUAUAGUCAUAUUAUAGUAUAAAGAAAGGGGAGGGACAUUAGCGAGUGUCUUUAAGACUCUGAGGGAGAGCCGGAGAGGAACCAUGGAUUCAGUAUACUGUGUGUUCAGAGUUGUAUGUGCAUAAUGAAGUAGUAUGAAGUAUGAACUUCCUUAAUUUUGUA